CAUAUAGAAUCGUAUUUCGUUGAACGCACAGUUUCGCUCGUUUAUAGUAUUAAUACACCAUUUUUACAAAACAAAAAAUGUCGCAAAUAACUCAAACGGGCAUAGUGGAGACGUUAAAAGACGGGACGUUUUUAAUUACCGGAAGUACAGGGUUUCUGGGCAAAACGCUCAUAGAAAAAUUGCUCAGAUCGUGUUCCGUGAAAAACAUCGCAGUUAUCGUGAGAAGUAAGAAAGGAUUGACCGCCAACCACAGAAUUGCAAAUAUGUUCGAACAAACGGUAAGUAAAUACUACCAAAACUUACCUGUAAUUUUGUAUUGAUAACUAUACAAAUUGAAAUUAUUAAAUUUCAAUAUUAUAUUAUGUUAAAUAUUAUUAUUGUAAAUAUUUGCCUCCUAUCAUUUUUUAAAUUUUAAUUCGUAGAAGAGGUAGAUACGUUUUUAAUAUGAAAUAAAUACUGUACCCUACAGUGGUAUGGUGAACACAACAUUUUCGAGAGGGAAACUCGAGAGAGGACCACCCACCCCCAUCUUACGCAACAGCUAAAACAAAUUUCGCACCUUGAAUUUUUUUUUAAGACAAGACCAUAGCCGAAUAUAAGGUGCUUGAAGCUUUCCUCUUUUCCGAAUCUGGCCUCCGAAUAGCCCCUGAAAACUGUAUAAAAUAUUCACGUACGACCCACUGCCUCAGCCAAAAACGGUCUAUCGACCCCCAAAAUCGCGCGUGUGUGGUUGAGACCGUCUACUGAGCAGUGAUAGUGGACACAUAAUUAAUUAUCAUUGUUGUUAUUACUUAUCAGUAAUAUUUUAGUUUAUAAUAAUUGGUCGAUUAUUGUGUCGAAUAUAAAUUAAACAUUUGCCUUUCAUAACUUUCGAAAAUCUCAAAAACUGCAGCCUCUCAAAUAAGCCAUGUCACUUAGUUUGCACCUAUCGGUGAAAACAGUUGUGUAAUUUUUCCUCGUAAAAUAUUAUUGAAGAUUUCAAUAAAAUAACGAAAUUAAAAACCGACAUGAAAAAAAAGUUAUGAUUUUCUCCAAUGUUAUAGUUAAUCACACAAAUUAUACGCCCCUAUUAUUGAUACUUUUAGAAAGAAAUGUAUUCUUUUUAAAUGCAAACGCGUAGCAUUACCCUGCAGUAACCGUACCGCGGUAUAAGGUAAUUAUACGUAUUAUCAGUUUUCACUCGGGAUAAUCAUUAAACCACUAUUUCUAUAUCUGUGGAUGAAUACUGCACAUUAAUUGAUUUUUAAAUUUCCAAUUCAUAUCAAGUUAAACAAUUGUUUUAAAGAUUUCCCAGGAAAUAUUAGUACAGAAAGAUAAAUACAGUAUAUCGCACCCUUGGUACAAGUCUGCCACAUCUCAAAAUAUAUAGUUUUGAGAAAAUUUAAUUUUGAGUUGUAGUAGUCUUAUACCGAAGAUGCGAUAUGACAAAAUUAACAAUACCAAAUAGUAUUUCAUUGCGAAUUACUAUAUGAAUUGCGCAAUGGAUAGUGCGUGUAAUUCCCACACACUAUUACCCCUUGACACAUAAUUUAAGAAAACGCUCUAUUGUCAAAUAUAUAACAUACAACGUUACACAUCAAUUUACUUUUUUUUAAAAGUUACAAGGACAACUAUUGAACGACACUAGGUAUUAUACACAAAAUAAUUAAAAAUAACUUAAUUUGUGACGAUAGUACAGUUUUUAAAUUUUGUUCAAAUGAUAAAACAAACAAGCUAAUUAUUUUAACUUAUUGUCAUAGAAUCUUAAAAAUCGCUGAUUUAUUAAAUAUUGAAGUGCGCAGCAGUGUCCCGUAUUACAUAAUAUUAUGUACCUGUAAUAUUAUAAAAUCGCAUAAAGUAUUUACAACUUGCAUGUAAAAUCACAUAAUGAAAACAAGGAUACUAAUCUAUUCAAUCGCAACGUGUUAAUCAUACUGGAAUACUGCCUAUUUUAACAUAGGUAAUGAAAUAUCGAAACCGAUACCAAAAAUUACCGAGAUUUCAUUACUUAUGUGGCUUGAUAGCUAUCUCCAGUAUGAAAUUAUUGCGCUGUCGAUUGUGUAUAUCAUGUAUAGGUACUAUAAAAUAAACAAUAUUAUAUUAUGUUCCUUAUAAAUAUAUUCUUGUGAUUUUGUUCGUAACGGCCGCAAAACAUGAUCCAUUCUUUAGAAUAUCAAAGAGAAAUAGUUUAAACUGGUACCUACUGGAUUCAUAAAAUAUCUAUAAUAAACGCAUUUACUUAGUGCCAUAGCCAUAUAUAAUAUUCAAGGUUAGGUCUCUGCGCACCUAUUUUAUUAUUUUAUUAUAACAUAUUCGAACUGUAGAUAAGUACUCGUUUCACAUGGUUCAAUACCUAUCUACAUUUAUAAAAAGUAUAGGUAUAAUAUAUUGGCCUAUAUAAUAACCUAUUUUGGCCUCUGAUAAAAAUCUGAAACUUCAUUAUAUACACGUCGAAAAAUAAUUCAAUUUAUGUUUACCUAAUUGUUUGUGUACAAUAUUAUAGUUUUUCGACCGACUGAGAAAAGAACUACCCGAAUACGCGAAAUAUAUAAAAGUCAUUGAUGGCGAUUUAGAAAAUCCAUCGAUCGGUUUGACGUCGAGUGACCAUGAUUGGUUGAUUGAAAACGUGAAUUUUAUAUUUCAUUGUGCCGCCACAGUUAAAUUCAACGAACCACUCGAGAUAGCGGCUAAAAUUAACGUAUACGGAACCGAAAAUAUGCUGUCGCUGGCUAAGGAAAUGAAGAAUCUCAAGGUUAAGCAAUAAAAUAUACCUGUAUUUGCAACUAAAUAUGUUGAUUCAUUUUUCAUCAAUUGGUGAUCAUCUUUGAAGAUUUUAAGCGAAUUUGAUUUUUUUUUUUUUGUUUUUCUACUAACGUUUUAAACUUCAAUAUCUUAUUGAUGACAAAUCCAAUGGCGUAUACAGAUAUUUUCAAUAGGCUGGGAGGGGGAGAGGUUACAUUAAAAAAUGAUAUCAAAUUAUGAAUUAAUUGUAUCACAAACUAUUGAUAUUUCUUCUUAUGGUGUUCGAAUAGAAAGUAUGGGACUUUUUUUAUUAUUAUAUUUGUCAAAAAAUAUUCGUUUAUUCUUUUCAUUUUUACUAUUUUAGAAAAUUUAACAGUACAAUUAUUAUAAAAUGCUUAACGUACAACGAAUUUGAACAUCAAACGAUAUAAUAUUAUAGCUGUCCAAAUCAAAUAGUUUGAUAAUUGAAAAGUACAGAUUUAGAUAUAGGCAUAAUAUAAGUGUUAGGUACUAAAAAUCGAUAUGGUGAUAUAAUACACAUCUAUAAUAAUAUUUGUCAAUUGUAAACCCUCACGUUUGUGUUUGAACUAAUUUCCAACUAACUCAACUAUAAAAUAUAUACCAUGAAAAAAAUGUUUGACAAUUUUUAAAUAUUAUUAAUUUUUAAGUUCUACAUAUUUUUACGUAUAGUGAAAAAAAUACUAAGGGGGGUUUGAACACCCAAAACGCCUCCCCCAUCGUGUGUACGCCACUUGGGAAAUCAGAUAUUAGUGUAACGCAUAUCAACACGUUUAGACAAGUAAUCGAAUUUCUGUUCAAAAGUGGCGGAGGGUUACUAUUUGAAAGUCAAAAGAUAUACAUCACCUAAGGUAUAAGAAGUAGGGGUAAAAACUAAACAUGGUGGUAAAAUAAAUCUUAAACAAUUCGAUAAAAAAAAAAAAAAAAAAAAAAAAAACGAGAAAUAAAAUUCGCUUAAAAUCCUUCGAGAAAAUCGUUGGUUCGUGAUGAUGAACAUAAUAUUUGUUAAAAAUUUAAUGUACAACUGUGUAAUAAUAUUGCAGGGUUUUGUUCACGUUUCCACCGCAUAUUCGCAUUGUCCGAGAAACGAAAUAAAAGAACAAAAUUAUCCCGCUGCAAUAACUCCGGAAAAUCUAAAAAAUAUGUUCGAUCUCAAAGAAGAAUUACCACAAAAGUAUAUUUAAUUUUUAUGUAUGCACUUAUAGAUACUUAUCUAUAGCAUGUAUCUUUCUUUCUCUUGCUCUUGCUCCAGAUGCUCCAGCCAAAAUAGGUUUCUUUACGUAAAAAAUAUUUUGUAUUAGGCUUAUUGAGGAGAUCAAUUGCUUUUUCUAUCUUUCCAUAUCAUUUCUAAUCACGAAGACAAUUUUGUUGUAUUUCAGUAAGAUGAAAAAUAAUCUUUUAGAGUUUUACCGAUUACGUAUAAUCAUUUUUUAAACGUAUCAUAUUUUUUCUCUAUUUCAUUAUUUAUAGCUAUAUAGGUACUUACUUACUUGAACUUUUAGUAGUUUUAUGGUACCCGAAAGCAAUUUUUUCGUUCGGCCGACAAAAAAGUGUUUUUUUCAUUCUAGCGUUACACGCCUUAUAAACAUACCAACUUUCAAAAUCUUUAUAUUAAAUUUUAAGCUGAUAGAUUCGCGCAUAGAAUCUUUAACAAAAUCAUGAUUCCAAUGUUGAAUUUCCGUUGUGUAAUUCAAUUGUAAAAACAUGGUAUACUAUCGAUUAUAUUUUUAAAUUCAUGUGCCUACAGAAUAUUAGGAGAUUGGCCCAACACUUAUUGUUUUACAAAAGCAAUUGCCGAGAAUGUAAUAUUCAAAAGCGGAAAUCAUUUACCGAUAUCAGUGUUCCGACCGUCGAUCAGUAAGUUUUAAACAUUACUUUUUUUAUAAUAAAAUAUAGUGUCUAACGUAAUUUAAAAUAUUACGAGUAUAAUCGUAAAAGAAAUUUAAAUUAUAAUAAUUCGUAUAAUACCAAUAGCAUUAUUCAUUUGCCUACCAUAAUAAUAUACAAAUUAACAAAUACAUAAGUACUUAUAUAUUGUGAUACAUACAUUUGUGUACCUAUAUUAUUAAUGUAAAUGAGUAUUAACGAGUAUAGGUAUAGUUAUCACUUAUCACUUAUGAGUAGGACGUGGAUUUUUAUGUAAAUACAUUAUUUUAUUAAAUACAGAUUUCUUAAUCGUGAUUAAAAAUAAACACGUUUCAUAACGUAAAUAAAUUACGACUUUUAGAUCCGGAGCGUACCUAUAGCGGACCUAUUCAAAUAGAUACAAUAAAACGAUCGUUAAACUGUUUUUUUUUUUUUUGUUGUUGUUGUAUGUAAAUAACUUUUCGAAAAGAAAUAUUAGUAUAGUACUUUUUCUAAAAGAAAAUGUUAUUUAGUUAGUGCAUUAGACAGGUCAAUUUUUUGAUUUUCCAAUGGGUUUUAAAAAUAAUUGGAAAAAACCUGAUAUAAAAUUGUAGGUGAAACGGCAAAUAUUUACAGCUUGCCGCGGCGUUACCGAUUUCAUUGUAUUUAAUUGUUGCAAUUUGUAAGUUUUCUACCAGAAUUAUUGCUCCAAUCGAAAAAUGAAAUGAGAUCGAUAUUAUUCCUUUUAACAUAUUAUAGCCACUGGAAAAAAAGCCUUUUUUUUGAUAUCAAAAGAAUUUUUUAUAAUACUCACUCCCUCUUCCUAGUAGCUGCCCAAAUUACAUACUACGGAAAUAACCACCCCUUACAUAAAAUACUUCGUGAUUUAAAUAGCCUUAAUUUUUGAUUUCAACCAUAAGUAAUUCAAUGUACGACUAGUGGUGAUGGUUUUAUAUUUAAUUUAAGUUUUAUUAAUAAUUGAGCAAAACCGAAAGAAAAAACGUAAAGAUGGAAAGAAUUUACAAAAAUAAUUAUUUUAUUUUAUCAGAUUUUUUUUUUUUGUAAUAAUUCAGUUAAAAAUAUCCGAAGAGACUAGAAAUUCCGACAGAAAACAUAUAUUUGCUUUUUCUAGACGUAUUAAAUCAUUUGAGCCAUUUUUAAAGCUAUUUAUAAACAUUUUAAUUUGUUGAGUUUUUAUGUAAUUUUUAUUUGGUAGGUUACUCUUUGUAUAAAACUAUUAAACCAAACAGAAAUGCUUGAAAUUUUGACAGAAAAUUCAUUAUAAGUGGUACUUAGUGGUCAAAAAAAAAAUUAAUUGUAAUGUAAUAUUUUUUUUGUUUUUUAUAAGUUUUAAAAUCAAAUUUAAUUGAAAAUCGUAAAUAUUACGGCCUUUGAAAACAUGUACAACCGAACUUCGCCCCGAAUGUUUUUUCAUUAGCAAUGGUUUGUCGUUGGUUACAGGAAUCAAUUAAAUAACUUUAUGCAUCCCACUGAAUUUUUAUACCACCUAUAUAUUAAAUCGUAUAAAAUAUUCCCCAUUUAACUAAGUCGACGUUGAACUUUCCUUCAGCCGCUACAAAUCAAUUAUGAGAGUAUAAGACCUAACCGCCAUACAUUUAAAUUUGAAAAUCUCUAAACACACGUUGUUUCCAAGAAGAUAAAGAUAAAAAAAUAAAAUAAAAAUAGUUAAACCUAAUUCCAAUUUAAUUCAAUCUAAUAAACCUAUAUGUACAACACUUUGCUUAUAUAUAUGAUUAAAAUUUAAAAUACAAAUAUAUAAGUUAAAUAUUUCAUGUUUUUAUUACAUAGGUAUUUUGGCAAAAAUAACAACAUAAAUAUUUAUAUAUUUUGACUUUUUUUUAUUUCAUAAAAAUCUGUGCCCUUAUUAUGAAUUGAAAGUAAAAAAAAAAAAAAUACAAUCGUUAUCUACUAUUAUAAUACCUAUGUUAUUAAAGUCGGAUGCACGAAAUCGGAACCGUGUCCGGGAUGGUUGGAUAAUAUGAACGGACCGUCCGGUAUAGCAACUGGAGUUAUAGUGGGAUUCAUACGGACGAUUCCAUUGGAGGCGAACAAAGUCACCGAUAUGGUCCCGGUGGAUUACACAGUUAACGCGAUGAUUAGUGUUAUGUGGAAUACAGUUCACAGGUAUUGUUAUAAGAAAAUUGAAAUUCUGUGUGUACUUACCUAUGAUGUCCGCUGCACAAAGCUAAAUUCAUUCCGAUCUUGAGGAAACUGCGCACUUAACAUUCGAAACAAUUAUUGGUUGGUCGAUGUCUACAUUUAUCUCAAAAUUUAACGUCUAAAGGAUGGCUGGCUUUGAUAUUUUAAUAUCAGAAAGGAAAAACAGUUAUUUUUUAUUUAAUGCAGUUGUCACAUACAAAGAAAUACUACUCAACUUUAUUAAAAUAUAUAAAUUACAUGGCACCAACAAUUAACCGCGAUAGAAAUAAUGGUGGACACGGGUAGACGAGUUAAAUUUAAUUUCUUUUAUCCAUUUCUAUUUUUGAAAGGAUUAAGCCUGAGAAAUACCGAUCAAUUCAGAUAGUACAUAGUUAAAUCUAUACCUUUAAACCCUCUAGCUUUGACAAUUUCCAAUUUCAUAAUAAAAUCAAUCAAUUUACAACCAUUUUCAUUAAUUAUAAUAAUAUGCUUUUCAAUAGUGGCGAGCGCAGAGGAAGGAGGUUAUAGCUUAUGUCCCCUCCCCUCUCAAUUGGCUUAAAAAUAUAACAACUAUGAGUAACUACUUACAUAUUUAUUUAGUAAUUUUAUAUUUCAACCUAAGUAAAAGGAAAAGCUUCUUAUGUGUAUGACAAAAGGCGACUUUAAGAUUUAUACUUAUUCAUAAUUGUUAUUAAUAUUAUUAUUAUUAUUUACUACAACCUAUCACAUUAAAAAUUCAUCAGUAAAUUACUGAUUUAAAACACUUCUUUUCUAAAUUUUUUUUUUAUUAAUUUCUGUGAUUUUGUUUUUUGGACAAUAGGUAUCCUACCUAUUAGACGAAAGUCAACGGAAUAAUUUAUUUAUUUUUUAGCCUAACGUUUUACAUCUUACAUUAAAAUAAUUUUCAGAUAUCAAGGCACUUAUGAAACGAACAAAGAACCCAAAAUAUAUAAUUAUGUAUCUAGCGUUGAGAGUCCAUUGACGUGGGGUAAAUAUAUCAAAGAAAUGCAAGUAUAUUAUCAAAAUGCUCCACCGUUCCGAUCGAUGUGGUAUAGAUUCAAUGUUUUCUAUACCAAUAUUUGGAUCGGUAUGAUUUUGAGGUUUUUAUUACACCGGAUACCCGCUGCGUUUAUGGAUUUAUUAUUAUUAGUACGUGGAAAGAAAACAAAGUAAGUGGUCUGUCAAUUGUUUAGAUUCUAUGUGAAGCGAGAAAUGUAACUUAACCUAUCAAAGUCUACUCAUCUAUCUAUUGGUUUACUAAAUAUGAUGAUAAAGUGUAGGUACUUUUUUUAUUCUGCUUGUAAACAAGUUUUCGAUUAAAUAAAAUUUUUCAAACCGUCAAUUCGGGGUUGAUAUAUGGUAGCAAAUUUUGGGUCUAGUUGGUGCAUUUGAGUUCAUUUUUGGAAAUUCCCUUUACUGUUCCUAAUAAUUGGAGAAAACCGAAAAAAAAAACAGGAAUAUUUAAUAUACAUUAUUUUUUGUUAAAAUCGAUAUUGUUUUUCGUUAUGUUCAUCAAACACUUAUAUUUGUUCAGACAAAAAAAAAAUAAAAUCAUUGUAAUAAUAAGUAAUAACACAAUAUAUUAAUAAUUUGACUUUCAUAGUAUCACGUGUACAUUUGUUUGUACACUACUAACUUGCUGCUCAUGUGUAUUUUUUAUAAAAAGAAAAAAAUAUCAAUUAUUAAAAUUAUUUUGUAUACUUUUGUACACUUCCUAGUCAGGCUUUUGAACACGAAGGUAAUGAAUUCAAGAAGAUCGGUAUACAUAAUAAUGUACAUGAAAGCAAAUAUAGUGAUUUAUGGCGUGCACACAAAAAUAUAUACAUGGCCCCAGGGCAAUGCAUGGAAAAAUUAACAAGCUAAUGACAACAUAUUUUUUUUUAUUUGUGUAGAUUACUAAAAAUGUAUUCAAAAAUAGAAUCCAUGAUGGAUUUAUUAUACUUUUUUACCACAAGGCAAUGGACAUUCGAUAAUAGUAAUACCAAAGAACUAUGGUUGUUGCUCAGUGAAGAAGACCGCAGUAUGUUUCAGUACAGUUUCGAUAAAUUUGAUUGGAAUUCUUACAUAGAGGAUAAUUUCUAUGGAAUUCGGAAACACAUUCUACACGAAGACAUUAGUAACAUAUCGGAAGCAAUAACGAAAAAUAGAAAGUAAUUUUGUUUUUCAAUAGCAAGCAAAAACCAAUAAUUAUUAUUUGAUUACAGUCAAUCAUAUUAUUUAAAACUUUGAAUUAUGUUUUACAGGUUAUUUUGGUUGCACCAGUUGUUUAUUGGUUUUAUUUUUUACAUUGUGAUUCAAAUAUUUUGGUGGCUUAAAUCAUUCAUUUUUUAUCAUAUUAGUAUCAUAUUUUAGUAGAUAAGUUAUUAUCACAACUUAUAAUUUGUCAUACAAAAAUAAAUUAUUAUAAUAUUAUAUUAAUAUUUUAUUCAAUUUUUACCUAUCUGUAAAUUUUUUUAUACAUUCUUUCUACAUAAAAUAUUGUAAUAUUAAUAGUGAUUAGUAAAAAAUGAACACCAAAUAGGUAUGUCUAAACACAUUCGAAAAAAACAUGUUUUAUCUCAAAUACGUAAAGAGACGUGGAUAAGGAAAUGAAGAUCACAAUGUAUAAUGAAAAAAUAUUGUUCAAAACAUUCUUUUGACGAAUAGAACAUAGAAAACCUACACUUAGUACAGUUAAAUUAUAAAUUAUUUCAUUUUUAUGGUGUACAAAUUAUAUAUUCAUGUACUGUUUUAUGAUUAUAAAUGUUUAAAAUAAAUAAUUAGUCAAUGAGUAUAAUAGUAUAAUAUUAUAUUUUUAAAUAUCAAGACUUUCCAAUAUUUAUUGUCAUUGUAAUUUUAGAAAAAAAAAAACAUUUAUUUUAUUUUAAAUAAAUCUCUCUACAAAAUCAAUAAAUAAUAAAUAGUUAAAUAGUAUGAAACAUCCAAUACUGGCAAAUCAAGUAAAGAUUUUCAUAAAUAAAAUAAUAUAAUAAUAAUUAACAUCAAUAAUAACAUAAAUAUAUAAAUAAUAUACCGGUAUAAAAAGAGAUUCAUGUUUACAAAUAAAAUUGUAUUUUGGAUAUGUAUGGUUGAUAAACACUAUAAUAUGUAAUUGAUACACAAGACAAGUUUAGACAUCACAAAUAUUUAAAAAAAGUUGAUUACACAGUUGUCAAUCAGAGCUAUUAAGCUGCAGAGAUUUACUUAUAACAUUGAUUAUCAAUAUUUAUACUUACAUUUUGGGCAAAUUGAGUUCUAGCCAAACAUAUUGAAAUUAAAAUAAAUUAAAUCAGUAAACAAAGCCUCAGUAAUUACAGUAGUACUGCUCAAUAAUAUUUAUUCAACAUUUAUAACAAUAAUAACUCAAAAUAUAAUAUUUUUACUGUAAAAUACUGAUAAAAAUUCACUAUUUAUUAUAUAAUGAUUUUUUUAAACUUUUAACUACACCGAUGAAGUAUAUUUAUGUACAUAUCAUUUGAGUUUGGAUAAUGAAGGUAAUUACAUUUUUUUUUCUAUUGGUCCAAUGUAAUAUAAUUUGGUAACUUUUUGGGGGUUUUCUUUACUUAUUAAUAUUUUAUUUUAUAAUAACUUAUUAUACAAAUAAAUAUUUUAAAAUUUAAUAUUUAACUUUUUUUUAACUAUUAAAUCAUGAUGUCAGCAGAAAUGGAUCAAAACAGUUUUAUUUCUUAAUGUUAUAUUUAAAUUUGUAAAAUUAGAGUGAAAAAAUGAGGUUCUUAAAUAAUUGGAAAUAUUUUUGUAAUGUUUAGUACAACCUCUAUCAUAUUAUAAAAUAAGUUUGAUCAUGGUUUAUAAAAGAAAUAAAAUAUUUAAUACUUUAUUUUUUAUCAAGGCUCAAUUUACUGAAUCGAUAUUGAUAUUUUAAUAUUUAAACUAUUACAUUACAAACAAUUAACAUAUAGCCAUGGCGAUAUCUUGUUUUCAAGAAUUCAAAAAAUAAUAAAACGUCUAAAUGUCAGUAUAAUAUAAAGAUUACACAUAGAUUGUCAAAUAGGUAUAUCAAGUAAAUUUGAAAAUUCAAAACAUUCUAUACUUUUCACAGACAAAAUGUGAAAGGAAAUAUGUAUGCUGUCAUAUAAACUAAUCUUGGGAGGAAAAUAUUCAAUUAAUCACAAUAAUGAAAAUUAUUAAACUAGAAAAUUGAAUAUUAAUAAAAACUUCGAAAAAAAAAAAUCUUAUAAGAUCCAAAAAAUGUCAUAGAGUAUGUGGAUAUUGUCAUAUAAUUAAUGAUUACAUUUUUAUAAAAAUAUAUACUUUGUCUAAUAUAAAUACAAAUGAGCAAUAACAAUAAACACACCUAGACUUUCUUAAGUACUUUAGGUAUAGUGUUUUUGAUAAUAAACAAGUAAAUUGUUAAAUGAUUGUUUACCUAUAGACAUACGAAUGGCAGCGGCCGAUUUUAAUAAGGUGUUUGACGUAAAACUUUCUGGUAACUUUGUUAAAUAUUGAGCGCAAGUUAUUGAAUCCAUUUGCAUUAAUUGAGAUUCAUUACUGCGCAAAAUCCCUAAA